CCUCCUACCGCCCCCAUGUCCACACCAACCACCGUCUCAGGUCUCAAGUCUCAGCUCCCUCUCGUCUCCCCUCUUGCUAAUCAAAUCUCCGAGUACUCCCCGUUACCACGACUAGUGAAGACCUUAAACCGUGGAUUUCUAGUGGAUUUCUAUAUGAACGUCCCUUCGACUCCUUUUCUUCCUUCAUCGGAAGACGACUAUUCCUACUAUUUUUCCUUCUUCCAGGACGCUAUCCUCGGCCUCCCCUCCCCUUCUGCUCCCUCCAAGAUGGAGACGCCCGAUAGAAAGCGGAAACGGGUCGGGGAACCGGCCGAAGCGGAAACCAGUCCGCUUAAUGGCAGGAAAAGAUCCAGCUCCUCUGGGGAGAGUGGCGACUCCGACUCCGACACCCUCACUUCACAUCAACCCACCUCCUCCUCCACAGCCGGCGGUGGAGGCCCAUCGCCGCACCACCACCGGCGGCUUUGGGUGAAGGACCGGUCUCGGGACUGGUGGGACCGGUGCAACCACCCGGAUUUCCCGGAGGCUGAGUUCCGGCGGGCCUUCCGGAUGGGCCGCGCUACCUUCGAGUUCCUCUGCGACGAGCUCGGCGCCGCUGUGGCCAAAGAGGACACCACGCUCCGGGCGGCGAUCCCCGUCCGGCAGCGCGUCGCCGUGUGCAUCUCCCGGCUCGCCACUGGCGAUCCCCUCCGCGUCGUUUCCAAGCGCUUCGGCCUCGGAAUCUCCACCUGCCACAAGCUCGUCCUCGAGGUCUGCUCCGCCAUCAAGACCGUCCUCAUGCCCAAACUCCUCCAGUGGCCGGGCCCCGCCGCCGCCGCCGCCGCCGCCCGACGCUUCGAGGUCCUCUCCGGGAUCCCCAACGUCGUCGGGUCCAUGUACACAACCCACAUCCCCAUCAUCGCCCCCAAGGUCAGCGUCGCCGCCUACUUCAACCGCCGCCACACCGAGCGCAACCAGAAGACCUCGUAUUCCAUCACCGUCCAGGGGGUGGUGGAUCCCGACGGCGUCUUCACCGAUGUCUGCAUCGGCUGGCCGGGGUCGAUGCCGGACGAUCAGGUGCUCGAGAAAUCGGCACUCUACCAGCGAGUAAUCGGCGGCCAUCUACGGAACCAGUGGAUCGUCGGCGGCUCCGGAUACCCUCUCAUGGACUGGGUGCUGGUGCCCUACACCCAAAAGAACCUAACUUGGAGCCAGCACGCCUUCAAUGAGAAAAUUGGGGAGGUCCAGAGGGUGGCGAAGGAGGCUUUCGCGAGGCUCAAGGGGCGGUGGAGCUGCUUGCAGAAGAGGACCGAAGUAAAGCUCCAAGAUUUGCCGGUGGUGCUCGGGGCUUGCUGCGUUCUUCAUAACAUCUGCGAGAUGAGGAAGGAGGAGUUGGACCCGGAGCUGAGCUAUGAUCUGGUGGACGACGAGAUGCUGCCCGAGAACGGCCUCCGAUCGACAACAAUGAAGAUGCUGAUAGCCAAAUGGGCAACAUUGAGAAACUUUCCUUAUAAGGAGGGUGCAUUAUUUCGGAGAUUAGAGCAUAGCAUAUAAAUAAAGCAGAUGUGGACUUACAGCUGCAGGGUCCGGAUGAUCAUGAAAUAUGCAUGAGCAGAAGCACUGACUCCAGACUGCAAGUUGUAUGUCAUAAAAACCUUCUGCUAUUGUGUCUGAUUCUUCUAAGUUCUAUCAUGUUUCCACAUAACACAUAUAAGUUUCAUAUGUAGUACAUAUGAUGUACAUACAAAAAAACGAUGUGUGCACAUGAUCAAAAUACAAGAAUUCCUCUGACUUGGCAAAAAGAAAAAAUCCAAGUUAUAUUUUCUUUGCAA